UUGAAUGAAUUAUUUUCAGAUUUCUUAUCGGAAAAUUUUAUUUAAUAAUCUCGCAUUGAAGAUAAGAGAUUAUUAUUUACAAGUGAAACUUGAGAAGGAUUGCAAUAAACUUGGUGUUAAGCUGAGAACACCUCAAAAGGGGUUUUUGAAAAAGACUGUUCAAGGGGGUUCAUUAAAAUGGCCGCAACGAGUAUCGCGGGAUUGAGAAGAAAUAUAAAAAAUGUUGCUCACAAUUACACCGACGCUCAGGUUAAGGUUCGGGCAGCAACCAGCAAUGAUCCAUGGGGUCCCUCCAGCACACAGAUGGCUGAGAUAGCAGAUUUGACCUACAACGUGAUCGCAUUCUCUGAGAUCAUACAGAGAUCAUUUUAUUGUUUGUUUCUAGCACACAGAUGGCUGAGAUAGCAGAUUUGACCUACAACGUGAUCGCAUUCUCUGAGAUCAUACAGAGAUCAUUUUAUUGUUUGUUUCUAGCACACAGAUGGCUGAGAUAGCAGAUUUGACCUACAACGUGAUCGCAUUCUCUGAGAUCAUACAGAGAUCAUUUUAUUGUUUGUUUCUAGCACACAGAUGGCUGAGAUAGCAGAUUUGACCUACAACGUGAUCGCAUUCUCUGAGAUCAUACAGAGAUCAUUUUAUUGUUUGUUUCUAGCACACAGAUGGCUGAGAUAGCAGAUUUGACCUACAACGUGAUCGCAUUCUCUGAGAUCAUACAGAGAUCAUUUUAUUGUUUGUUUCUAGCACACAGAUGGCUGAGAUAGCAGAUUUGACCUACAACGUGAUCGCAUUCUCUGAGAUCAUACAGAGAUCAUUUUAUUGUUUGUUUCUAGCACACAGAUGGCUGAGAUAGCAGAUUUGACCUACAACGUGAUCGCAUUCUCUGAGAUCAUACAGAGAUCAUUUUAUUGUUUGUUUCUAGCACACAGAUGGCUGAGAUAGCAGAUUUGACCUACAACGUGAUCGCAUUCUCUGAGAUCAUACAGAGAUCAUUUUAUUGUUUGUUUCUAGCACACAGAUGGCUGAGAUAGCAGAUUUGACCUACAACGUGAUCGCAUUCUCUGAGAUCAUACAGAGAUCAUUUUAUUGUUUGUUUCUAGCACACAGAUGGCUGAGAUAGCAGAUUUGACCUACAACGUGAUCGCAUUCUCUGAGAUCAUGCAGAUGGUCUGGAAGAGGAUUAACGACAGUGGCAAGAAUUGGAGACAUGUUUACAAAGCUCUAGUUCUUCUGGAAUAUUUGAUUAAAACUGGGAGCGAGAAGGUUGCCCAGCAAUGUAAAGAAAAUCUGUUCUCUAUUCAAACUCUAAAAGAUUUUCAGUUUAUAGAAGAAAACAAGGAUCAAGGGUUAAAUGUAAGAGAAAAGGCAAAAUCAAUGGUUGCCCUAUUAAAGGAUGAUGAAAGAUUGAAGAAUGAAAGAGUUCGUGCUCUUAAAGCCAAAGAAAGAUUUGCGCAGUCUACUGCAGGUAUUGGGUCUGAUACAGCAUUUAUGGGAGAUAUGCACUCUCCAAUGGACCAUCAUCGAGACGAUAUUCCUAGAUCAGAAAUAGAACUCGCCAGUAGCCACCAACUAGAUGACCUUAGGCCUCAGACAAGUGGCGAGGAGGAACUACAGCUUCAGCUGGCUCUAGCUAUGUCAAGAGAGGAGGCUGAGACCGAGGAAUCUAAGAAGAAGAGUGAUGACAUGAGGCUGGUUCUCGCUAUUCAGAAGAGCAAGGAGGAGGCGGACAAGGUUCCAGGGAAUGAGAAGAAAAAUGCACUAGACGACCUGGUAGAUCUUAACUUCGGAAAUCCAGCCCCACCACAGCGGACAGCCGCUUCUAGGGAUCCUUGGUCUCCUCAAGGCGGCGGAGCAAAUGAUCCCUGGGGCGGAGCUUCUGCUGCAGUUCCGGCGGAUCCUUGGGGCGGAGGAGCUCCAGCUCUAGACGCUCCUGCUGCUUUGUCAGUUUUAGAUGCUCCUGUUUCUAGAGGUGUAAACCAGGAUCCCUGGGGAGCACCUGCCCCCGCCCCCCAGCCACAGGUUUUGGCUGAUCCUUGGGGUGCCCCUGCCCCUUCAGUGUCCCCCCAGCCAUGGGGAGGCCCUGCUCCCACCGCCUCCCCCCAACCUUGGGGAGGUUCUAACAAUACAUCUCCAGCAAAACAGGAUAUAUUCUCACAACCAGGCGGAAAUUUGGAAUUGUUGACUGGAGUUGGGUUUAAUGGAUCUCAGGCUCACAGCCCUUCCAAAAUCAGUCAAGCUGGAAACCCUUGGGACCUCGCUGGUUUAGAUCCAAUGGGAGGAGGAAUAGAUUUACUUUCCACACAGCAGAAUGGAUCUGGAAUGUACACUGGAGCUAAACCGAAGAAAGGAGUUGAAAGUUUACUUGGUGAACAUUCGAAUCUAGUCAAUCUAGACAAUUUAGUCAAGGCCAAACCUGCGGCUUUAGCAAGAAACCCAUUUGCCGAGCAACCAAACCCUUUCCAGGCUGGAGAACAGCCAAAUCCUUUUCAGGCGGCAGCAGCCCCCCGACCCACCAUUAAUCAGCUGAGAACAGGCGGACAACCACAGAUGAAUGGAGGAUCUGGUGGAUGGCCGGAGAGUGGGCAGACUGACAUAAACCCCUUUUUCUAAGGCUGGUCUGAACGAGAGAGAGAGGACCGAUGUUUUCCCGGAGUAGUUUAGUACAUAAUCAUAGUACACAACCAGUUAUGUACGUUAUAUGUACACAAUUCACACAGUACACGACUGGAAGGAUUCAGUUUUCAAUUCUCGGUGUUCCAAAUUUAAUUUGAAUUUGAUUUAAUUGUUCUCGAGUUUAAAUUGAUCUGAAAGUUUCAAUUUCAAGCUUGCGAUGGUCUUAGAUUUUUUGAAAUCACAUUAAAUUAGUUUAAAAUACUUUUUUUUCAACAAACUGAUAUUAUUUGACCUAGAGAGAAACUCGUCAGAACGGUCGUAGGAUUAUUAUUCUCAUUCAAAAUUUCAGAAAUUGGUGAAAUUUUCAAUAUCGUCUGAAAUGUCAAAAAAAGGAAUUAUUUGAAUUUUUUCCGAUCUUUGACAUUGAACAUAUUUUUGUAAAUAGUAAUAUUUUAGUAUUUAUAUUAUCUUCCUAUGUAGCUGUUUAUUUACCCGCGAUUGUGGCAGUACGUCUAAACAGGAUGUAUUUGUCAACAAUUCUUACUCACUCAUUUCAUGUUUACUUAUUUACUGUUUACUAAUAUUGUCAAAUCAGUUUCCUUGAAAAUAUCUCAUUCGGUUUUAGAUUGGCUUCCUGUCGGAAAUAUGAAAACUCAAUUCAUGUUUGUGAUUGGUCAGAAUUGUUGUGUCCGGCCAAUUAGAGAACCGGAUUUAGUUUUUUUCCGUGAACGGUCCAAGCCUUCCAAGUUCUGAAACACUAAGAUUUUAAACAGUGUUGUGUCGCGAAUGAAUUGUAUUUAAUUAUGCUAAAAAUGUUGGAAAAAGAAGUUUCCGUGAAGAUGACGGAAACCUUCUGAAAGUUGGAAAUAUAAAGGCAAUAAUAUCCAAUCUACUUUCAACAUUUUCACACUCAUUUAAUCGGAUAGUUUAAUCUUAAAUGGCCGCUUGAACUAAGUUUUGGUGACGGGUAAUUGGAUUGCCCCCCCCCCCUU